AUGGCGACCGGCACUCAACCAACCGAGAAUCCCGACCAGAGUGCGUCCGCAUCCACACAGCCCAACGGCACGCAAUCACCACCUACGAAUGCGACAGCGACUGGCGAGGCUGCCGUGGGAGCCGUGGAGGGAGGGCCCGUCGUCCCGCCCCUCCUCGAGGCGAAGACUCCAUUGAGGAAAGAUGCUUCGCUCAAGGAAUUCUUGAACAAAAUGGACGACUACGCUCCCAUUAUCCCCGAUGCAGUGACCAACUACUACAUGACCCGAGCCGGCCUCCCGCCUCCACCGCAGACCGACCAAAGGCUCGCCCGCCUCUUAGCGCUUGCCACGCAGAAAUUCAUCGCUGACAUUGCUGCCGAUGCUUAUCAAUACAGCCGCAUUCGCGCAAGCAACACCAGUGCCAACAACCCAAUGGGCAACCUGGGCGCCGCGGCUGGUUUCCCCAUCCCAGGACAGCCGGCAAAUCAGCCUGGGGCCAAGGAUCAGGGUAGGGGCGGGCCUUUGGGCAUCCAGAGGCCAGGCUACGGUGGUGGUGGACAGGGUAGUCAGCAGAACAGGACGGUGCUCACCAUGGAGGACUUGGGCAUGGCCGUUGGCGAGUUCGGGGUGAAUGUCAAGAGAAGUGAGUUUUACCGCUAGACUCUGGGGUGUGUAGUCAUGAAAUGGGCAAGCAGCACAUCGGUUGGCAUGGGCAUACGGAGUAAUUUUUACCGAGUCAAUAAGCGGGUCACACAACACAGGCGUUUGGGAACAAGAAUGGAGGGCCAGGCGUUUUUUUUUCGGUAGGGAGUCCUGUAUCUACCAUGGGAAAGGACCAC